CCUUCUUCCGGGUUUUCCCCCCUGCGCUCCUCCACGUGAGUCAUGUCAGCAGAGAGGAUCGUUAUGGAUGGAGACGAAGACGAGGAGUUCGCCUCUUUCGUGGCGCUGCACACCGGAGCCCUGUGCGCCGCAGGGAUCCCCCACACGUAUUGGAGGAGUCUGCAUCACAAAAUCGCCUGCGAGAUUUACGACGCGGGGGACGUUUUCGGAAUCAUGCACUUUGAGCCAGAAGACGACGAGGAAACAGAGGAGGGACGUGGAGACGACGACGUCGAGGAGAAGAAGAACGACUCUGCAGCGACGAUUCGCAGGAAAGUGCUUGUGACCCGGGAUAGUGGGCUGCAGGCCUCGGCGCCGACCAGUGUUUUCUUGGUGGAUCAUGCCUGGACGUACCGCCUGGAUCAUGCCCGUCAGCAGCUAGAGCAGAUCCCAGGCCUGCUGUCGAGGAUGGCUGACCUCAUGGGAGUGGACUUCCAUGGUGAGGCCCCCGACCCGGACUCGGUGGAGCUGGUGAUGGAGUGCAUGUGGAAGUACAACCAGACUUAUCAGCUCUCCCAGGGGUCGGCGGAGGAGAAGGUUCCUGUGUGGUACAUCAUGGAUGAGUUUGGCUCCCAGGUGCAGCACUCUGACCAGCCCAGCAUUGGCAUGGCUCCCUUCUUCUAUAUACAUGGCCAACUGGCUUACACUGUCCUCUGGCCUCUGCACGACCUGCAGGAAGGAGAUGAAGUAACCCGUGAUUACACAUAUGGAGAGAUCAACCCCCUGCUGAGGCAAUGCCGCCUGUUACCAUGGAUACCUACUGAUCUACAAGGAGUCAGCAGUGCCACCACUGAACCCCCAGACUCGUACUAUGAGAUCAUUACACGGGAGAACAAGGAGCAGCUUCCAGUGGAGAUCCAACCAUACACUGUGCCCAAGGAUAAAAUCCUGAAAGUUUACUCUGAAAUGUCACAAGUGAGAAACAACCUGACACACCCACAGUUCCAGCUGACUGAUGAUGAGGAGGAGGCUGAUAUUAUUUGGGGCUAUGAUCACAUCAAAGACUACAGGAAACUGAGUGAGGAGCGACCGAAUGUGAUGCUCAACCAAUUUCCCUGUGAGAGCCUGGUUACUGUGAAGGACUGCCUGGCUGCUGUGGCCCGCAGAGUGAAAGGUGGCGCAGGACCUGAUUGGCUACCAGAGACAUUCAACCUCCAGACAGAGCUGCCAAAGUUCAUCAAGCAUUAUCAACUGAGACAAGAACGCGGAGAGGAUAACAACUGGAUCUGUAAGCCUUGGAACUUGGCCCGUGGACUGGACACGCACAUCAGCAACAACCUUGACUGCAUCAUCAGACAGAGAGAAAGUACACCAAAGGUGGUGUGUAAGUACCUUGAAAACCCCGUACUGUUCAACAGGGAGGAGGUGGGAAUGGUGAAGUUCGACAUUCGCUACAUGCUGAUGCUGCGCUCUGUGCAGCCUCUGCGUCUUUAUGCCUACAAUGUCUUCUGGUUGCGUUUUGCUAACAGACCUUUCUCCUUGAACAAUUUUGAUGAUUACCAAAAGCACUUCACCGUCAUGAACUAUGCAGAGGAUGUACAGCUUAAGCAGGUGCACUACGAUGAGUUCAUCCCCAUGUUUGAGGAGCAGAACCCACAGUAUCCAUGGAAGGAGGUAGAGGCAGAGUUGUUUCAAGCGUUCAGGGAGCUGUUCCAGGCAGCCUCAUCUAGACCCGCUCCGUAUGGAAUCUGUCCCUACCCAUCAUCCCGGGCCAUAUAUGCUGUAGACUUCAUGCUGAAGUGGAGUACAAGGGAUAAUGGUGAGCGGACCAUGCAACCCCAGAUCUUGGAGCUGAACUUCAGCCCUGACUGCACUCGGGCCUGCCUGUACCACCCAGACUUUUACAACCACAUGUUCCAGACGCUGUUCCUGGAUCAGCCUGAGCUCUGCCCGGUCACACAGAUCGUAUAAUCAACUCACCAUCAGCAGCAGCAGCCAGUGUGUUUGUUUUUGGUUUUUAUACAUAGAGACAUAAACUUGUCAUGUUCUCUGUAUCUGGUUCCCCUGUGUGUUUGUCAUCAUCUCAUUUUACCAUUUACUUUGCAGAUGAUUUUCAGAGUUUAUAAAACCAUGUUCAGCUCAGCUCAGUUCCUCAUGAAUCCAGUUGCCUUUUUUUCCAACCCAAUGAUUAUAACCAAGACACGACUGUACAAAUGAGAAGCAAUAAAAUCAAUCAGUAAAUAGCAGCUGUGUGUGAAUGGGUGAAUGUAACUUUCCUGUAAAGUGCUUUGAGUGGUCUAUAUGACUAGGAAAGCGCUAUAUAAAUACAGGCUAUUUACCAUUACCAUUGUUACUCUCACAUAUUGUGGUGAAUCCAGGGCCCGUUUCAGAAAGAGUUUGUUAACCCUUGAAAUCGAAGAGUUUAAUUUCAUAUCAAAUAUCAAAUCAGAGCACUUAAAUUUGCAGACAUUUACAUAAGUAGAAAAGUAAAAUGCAAAAAAGCUCAGUUUUUCACCUAAGAUCCUGUCUUUACUUGCAUCACUCCUUUUAUGAUCAAUUUGAGGACAAAAUACAUUCCCAACAUUCAAAUAUUACAUAUUAUGGCUUCAUCCUGAACUCAGAAUAAAAGCUGUUCACUGUGUAGUGUCUUUUUGUCAAUAUAUGUAAUGUGAGUAGCACAUGUUUACAUUUUCUUACUCUGGAAUGUUAGGUUGGGGGCCUCCUGAUGACCCCUUUAACUUUCCUUUUAACCCCUCUUCGUUCUACGUCUUAGUAUAAUCCAAUUUGAACCAGAUGUUCCUUCUUUAGAAAACAACAGACCUAUACAAAUGUAAGCCCGAAGAAGUGUCUGCAGAGCUUUCCUUUUGGCCGGACACUCUCCAAGUUCUGCAGUGCUUGAAUUGAUGCUGGUCUUUUUGUAAUAAACCUUUAUAUACAAUCAA